UUCAUGUAGAAAACAGAUUUCAUCGGAAUUUCUUGGUGACAGUUAAUCGGGAGAAAGUCGCAACCUUAUCAUUGUUGCUUGCUGUGCUUUCGUUUUUGUUGAAAAUAGAAGAGAAAAGCUUUGAUAAACAACUCUGGUCAGUUCUCACAUAUAUUUGGACUACAAAUAUAAAUACAAUAAUGUCAAUCAAAAGCAGCGGUUUUUUUUUGUUUCAAAUAAAUUGCUCGGAUUCAAAGCCAAGGCGUGGUUUCGGAGAAAACACGAUUAAGACCAACAAAGCUGACAAGGGUUUAGUGUCGCAGCAAAGCAGGGGAUCAACACCUAAACCAUCUCAGGCACCUCGUUUAAGUUCACAAGCUGACGGGAAAUUUAGGAAAAAUUCUUUGGAUGUUGACUUUGAGGAACGUCUAAAAGCAGUUAGAAGGUCAGCACUUCAGCAAAAGAAGGAAGAGAAGGAAAAAGAAUUUGGAGCAAUUGACUAUGAUGCACCAAUUUCUUCAGACAAGAAGACAAUUGACUUUGGAACCAAGAUUGGAGUAGGUGUAGCUGUUAUUGUCUUCGGUCUGGUUUUUACUUUCGGAGAUUUUCUUCCAUCAGGAAGUGUUAGUCCGAACGAAGACAGUGCUGUGGUCAAUAGUAAGUUGUCAGAGGAGGAUAAAGCUACUCUUCAGAGUAGGCUUAAGGAAUUUGAAGCGACAUUAAGUAACUCCCCAAGAGAUCCAACUGCUCUUGAAGGAGCUGCAGUAACUUCGGCAGAACUAGGGGAAUAUGCAAGAGCUGCUUCUCUACUUGAUGAUUUGACAGAGGAAAAACCAAAUGAUGCUGAUGUUUUUCGUUUACUUGGAGAAGUUAAGUAUGAACUCAAAGAUUAUGAAGGGAGUGUUGCUGCAUAUAAAACUUCAGCAAUGGUGUCUGAAGAUAUCAAAUUUGAAGUUCUGCGUGGCCUUACCAAUUCAUUACUUGCUGCCAAAAAGCCAGAUGAGGCUGUUCAAUUACUUUUGGCCUGUCGAGAGCGUCUAAGUUCAGAAAACUUCAGCAAAAAAUCUGAUAGCAGCCCAACAGACUCACAGAAGCUGGAUCCAGUCCAAGUUGAAUUACUUCUAGGGAAAGCUUACUCAGAUUGGGGCCAUGUCAGUGAUGCUGUAGCUGUUUACGAUCAGCUCAUAUCUACUCACCCUGAUGAUUUCCGUGGAUACUUAGCUAAGGGAAUCAUCCUAAAAGAAAACAAAAACAUUGGAGAUGCAGAGAGGAUGUUCAUACAAGCAAGGUUCUUUGCCCCAGAUAAAGCUAAAGCACUUGUGGAUCGCUAUUCAAGAUAAAAACUUAUAUUGACAUUAAUUAUGUAGCUAUGCCAUGUAAAAGAAAAAGUCAUUAACUAGGUGAUAUAAAAAAAAAACCUCUAUCCAUAUUGCAGAUUCACACGAAAAUAUAAGUCCAGAGAUUUCUCUGGUGUUUUAAGGUAAAAGCUAUAUGACCAUUUUAUGAUUAUUUUUUAUUUUUUAUUUAUUUUUCCUUAAUCUAAUAUUAUUUUUAUAUGGGUUCAUCGACCACUGACCCAAGUUUGGUAUAAAGGUGAUC